GCGCCGCCGCAGAGCUCGACUGGCGACGGCGAGCUGGCGCAAAGGUGUCCAUGGAGCCAGUAGGGGCGACAGAGUCGCGGGCGGAUGACGAAUGGCUGCCGUUCGAGAGCAAGCCGGCGUACACGGUCGACGCGGCGGUGCUGUGGCUGGCGCCGGUGGUGCUCCCGCUGCUUGCGCUGGCAUUCGUUCCGGUCGGUGGCUUUCAUACACGUUGGAUCUGCUGCGCUGCGGCCAUGGCCGGUGCUGCGUAUGCUCUGGCAACCACUCCGACCCGCAUCUGCGUCGAUCACAAGGCUGUGGUCAUUGUCUGCCCGCUCUUCCGCUACCGCAUCUCCAUCGCCCGCAUCACCUACCUCCGUCCCGCAGGCGUCCUCGACGCCCUUCUCCUCCCCGGGCCACGUUUCUCCACCUCGUUCUCUCGCCGCUUGAUCGAGAUCUGCUGCCGCGCCGCCAGCCACAACGUUCUUGUCGCACCCCGCGAUGCCUAUGGCUUCUACUGCGCUGUCGCCGAGGCCCAGCGGCUUGCCCAUCCCACUACCUCGCCCCAUCCUGGCCACGGCAUCGCCUCAACACUACCCCACUCGCUCGCCUGCGCAUAGCCUCUACGCACAUCGAUCCUGCACCACAUCGAUCUCCCGUCUGCAACUUCCGUAAACCCACACAUGCACAUGCACA